GUGACUCGCGCUAAACCACGCCCCUAAUUAAAAAAAAAAACAGCCGCCGCGGUGAAAGUGAAAGCAAACUUCCGCGUGUUUAUCCCACCUAAUCUCGCUGCUGGCGCAUUUUGGAUUCAAACUGAGGACGAAAGGAGAAAACGCAGACAUGGUUUAUGGAGACAUCAUGCGCGUGGAAACGACCGGCGCUUCAGAGCGAACAGCUCAGCAGGACAAGCUGGGAUACUCAGGUGUGAGAGCUUCCCAAACGAUGGCACAGACCGACGUCAACAGAAUGAAUAGGUACAAAGCUGUCAUCAACAAAGUGGGAGCCAAUUACGGAAUCGAACCCGCGCUCAUCGCCGGCAUCAUCUCCAGAGAGUCCAGGGCUGGAAACGCCCUGGACGGCGGCUGGGGGGACGCGGGCAACGCCUGGGGUCUGAUGCAGGUGGACGUGAACCCGCGCGGGGGUGGACACGCGGCGCGGGGAGCGUGGGACAGCGAGGAGCACCUCUGUCAGGGCGCGGAGAUCCUGGUUCACUUCAUCGAGAGGAUCCAGCAGAAGUUUCCCGCGUGGAGCAGGGAGCAGCAGCUGAAAGGGGGGAUAGCGGCCUACAACAUGGGGGACGGGAACGUCCACUCCUACGACAGCGUGGACGCCCACACCACGGGCAGAGACUACUCCAACGACGUGGCGGCCAGAGCCCAGUGGUACCGAGCCCACGGAGGCUUCUAGGAGCCGAGGCUGCGCUCAGCUGGAAGAACGUCACAAAAUAUCAUCAAGGAACCCGUUCUGUGUCAUAGCCUACUGUAAAUCUAAUAAAACACUAUAAUUUGGCUCAA